UGAGCUGGCGAUCAAGGAGAAGCAGAAGUUCGAGCGGCUGGUGGUGCCCAAGGAGACCCUCCUUGAGCUCUUUGGGUACAACAAGUACAAAAAGUACCUCAUCGAGUCCAAGAUUCCCGAUGGCACGUCGACGACCGUAUAUCGUUGCGGGCCUAUGAUCGAUCUCUGCGUUGGCCCGCAUAUCCCCCAUACCGGCAAAAUCAAGUCGUUCAUGGUCACAAAGAACUCCGCCUCGUACUUCCUUGGAGACUCCAACAACGAAUCUCUCCAGCGAGUAUAUGGCAUCUCAUUCCCCGACAAGAAACAAAUGACGGAGUACAAAGCGUUCCUGGAGGAGGCUGCUCGUCGUGAUCACCGAAAGAUUGGAAAGGAGCAAGAGCUGUUCUUCUUCCACGACGCCAGCCCUGGAAGCUGUUUCUUCCUCCCGCACGGAACGCGUAUCUAUAACACGCUCCUGGAGCUGAUGCGGUCAGAAUACUUCAAACGCGGUUAUCAAGAAGGUCAUUGGCAGAACUACAAAGACGACAUGUUUACACUCAACGUCGAGAAGGAGAUGUGGGGGCUGAAACCCAUGAACUGCCCUGGCCACUGUCUCAUCUUCGAUUCGCGCGAUCGCAGUUACAAGGAGCUGCCCAUCCGUAUGGCCGAGUUCGGUGUCCUGCACAGGAAUGAGGCGUCGGGUGCUCUCACUGGCCUCACGCGUGUGCGGAGAUUCGCCCAGGACGACACACACAUCUUCUGCUUGCCUUCGCAAAUCGAAGAAGAGCUUGCGAAUAUGUUCGACUUCAUGGAACACAUCUACGGCAUGUGUGGCUUCGAUUUCCAGCUUGAACUUUCCACCCGUCCCGACAACUUCCUCGGCGAGCUGGAGACAUGGAACGAGGCUGAGGCUCAACUUACUCGCGCUCUCGACAAGGCCUACCCAGGCAAAUGGGAGCUGAACCCCGGCGACGGUGCGUUCUACGGGCCCAAGAUCGACAUCAAGAUCCGGGAUGCCCUCAGGCGUUCGUUCCAGUGCGCGACGAUCCAGCUCGACUUCCAGCUGCCCCAGCGGUUCAACCUCAAGUACCGCUCCGCGGACGAGGCCGCAGACGCGGCGCCAUCACGCCCAGUGAUCAUCCACCGCGCGAUCCUCGGCUCCCUCGAGCGGUUCAUCGCGAUCGUCACCGAGCACUUCGCCGGCAAGUGGCCGUUCUGGCUCAGCCCGCGCCAGGUGCUCGUCGUCCCCGUCGCGGCGCCAUACAAGGAGUACGCGUCUGAGGUCGCGGACACGCUCACCAAACUCGGCCUCUUCGUCGACGUCGACAACGGUGAGAACACGCUUCCGAAGAAGGUUCGGAACGGCGAGAUCGCGCAGUACAACUUCAUCCUUGUCGUCGGCCAGGACGAGCUCGACACGCGCUCGGUCAACGUGCGCAACCGCGACGAUGUCGGCACGAAGGCGCGCACAGAGACCCUCCCGCUCGACGACAUCGCGGCGAAGCUCAAGGUGCUGAAGGAGACGAGGAGCCUGGCGAACAAAUUUGUGUAG